AUGGCAUGCGCGCCAUCUGCCAACAUCGACGGACAAAGCGGCUUCACGACGAGGCCACGGGCUACGACACAGGACCUGCAAGUCGACGCUGGCGCGCCGCAUGCGACAAGCUCGCGACGAUCCAAAGGCGCUCGGUGCAGCCGACGACGCCCGCGUACGGCCAGUGGUGCUACGGCCUGGGCCCGACUCGACGAUGUGUGGCCGUCCAAGAAGGCCGUCUCCGAGCUCCGCGGGCUCCAGAUCGUAUCUUGGGCAGUCGCUGCGCUCUGCAUGGCGUCGCCGCGCUCUCGCCGCUUCGACGAAGCUGUCGCCAGGCAUUUCGCCGUCGACACGCCUAGCAAGGUGUGCGAGCUGCCGCUAGCAUCGAUCCGACGUCACGGCACGCGCACGACCUGCGCCGCCAAGUGCGUGCCAUGCAAGCUCUAUUAG